GACGGUGACGUGGCUCCAUGUUCACCUCACGUAAGCGUGACCGCGGCUCGUGGCGCGGGUACAGCGUGGACGGGCAGAGGAUGAGGCUCUUCAUGGGGCGCACCAGGGCGUCUCUGUACUGGCAAGGCGAAGGGAAGACGGUGACGGCUCUUGACCGGAGCACGGCCGAGCUCUCGUGUUCCGAGCUACCAGGUACGGAAGACUGGGACGGGCGGAGCACGGCGUUGAGGGUGGCCGCCGGCCGGGACGGCGAGGCGCGCGUCCUUACCACUUGGCCCGGCGGCGUUCUGAAGGUCUUCGCUCUGCCCCGGGGCGACGGCGAGUGGGCGCACGAGAAGACGAUAGAUCUGUCGGCGGUGGCGCGUGGGCUGCCGGGGUACCGUCCGACGUAUUUCUCCGGUGAGGUGGCGUCGUGGACCAACGUGACUGACACGGCGCUGGUUGUGCUGUGGUGGCGGGAGGAAUCGUGGGCGUUUCGUUUGGAUAUCGAGGCCGUCGAGGCGGAGCUCGUGCCCAUCGACGGCUUCUGUGAUGUGGCGUUCCCGUGCGAGCUGCCAUGGCCGCCGGUCUUGCGUCGUCGUGCACGCAAACUUCCCGCCGGUGUCUAAAAUUUUCUACCUGCGCCGGCUUGCAUGUGUAUGUGUGUAACCUGUUUCCAUAAAAAAUGGUCAUAUAUAUUCGUUUACACUGAUGAAACAUUCAGCUUCUUUUC